GUUUGAAAGCGAACGUUGCUUCGGAUGCGAUUUGACCACGAAGUCAACGCGCUAGGAACGGCAAGCACAUGCGCCUUGAUACAGCAUCCACACGAUGCGAGCUAUGGUUACAGUGCACCACCAAAAAUAUCAAUAGAAAUCCAUCAGUGUGUUGUUCACUGUGCCAACGGUACGAGCAGCAUCGUUUCAUUCAAAACGGAGGUAUAUCCUGCCACAAAUUAUCCUUCCUCGCAACGUGGACGUACGCGUUUAGUAUGCUCGAUGGCCUCGGGGUGAAAGCAUUCCACCACUGCUCGGUCGUUCUUCAGCUGGCAGGCGUUACGCAUCGAUAGGACCAGUGCCGGUAAUCGCGCAAAAGUUUGACGGAAAUCUUGGCGCGCGCGUACGGUGGCCGAUUUUUGGCGCCCCUAAUCCCACUUAAGCUAAAGCAAAAAAGCCCAAACUCUUGUGCAUCCAGCCGGCAGUGUCCUACAUUGUAUAGUGAACGUUUGCUGAUUUUGCUGUGGCCCCUCUGGACGCAACGGCAGUACGUUGUACGAUAUUUUUGAGUGUGAAUCGCUGAAUCCUUCUUUCUUACAUCGUAGUGUGCAUUGUGCUUCAUAUGCUCCCGGCAACCACGGUUUUGUGACGUUCGUUUGGAGUAUAGUUCGGUGGCCCAGUUUGGUUGGUGCGGAAAAUUGAAUGUGGCGCGCAAAAAUUGUGCCGAUGAGCAGUGGUGGUGAAAACAGACGUGGCUGACGGAUGCAAUUUUAAAACACACAUACACACACACACGCGCGCGCACAAUUCACACAGCACGUCUACCCACAAGCGCCAAAAUAUCUCCAUAACGAAAUCGCGUACGAGGCGGACGAAAUGUUUGGUAUUAAUUUGUUCAAUAGCGUGUUGACAGUUUUCGUAUUUGCACAAGCGUACCAGUCCGUGCACAUAACGAACCUAAACGUACCGAAGACGUACGUCCUCGAUCGGAGCACUUACGAUGCGGUCGGAUCGAGCACACCCUCGUCGGUGGUACAGUAUGGUGGUGGGGAAGAUGACGAUGUUACCACCGGUCUGCCGAUGACAUCCACCACCGUGCAACAGCUACCCGCCAGCGUGUCUACAGUGCCGAGCGAACUGAACUUCACAACCGACGCCGGCCUGAAGCCACUCAUCAUGGACUGUCAGUAUGAGAUUAAGGCGCGCGAGUGCGGCUUCGUGCUCAAGUGGUACUUCAACAAGAAGCUCAUCUACCAGUGGAUACCGUCCCGGACACCGGUCGGAAUGAACCAGUUCAAGAACGAGCUGCAGACCAACUACUCGAUGUCCGAUUCCAUCAACUACAAGUACCGUGCCUUGGUAAUACGUAAUCCGAAGCUGAACCACAGCGGCGAAUACAUGUGUUCGGUGCAGACGUACGAUUCGUUCGAUCGGCGAAUGGCGCGGUUUCAGAUUGUCGUGCCCGAAAAAACGUUACUCCUGCACUACGAAAAUGAUGGCGAAAGUGAUAACAUGCUAUUAAUCAAGUGCAGCGUGUUCAUGAUAUACCCCGAGCCGAACCUGCUGCUGAUCGUUAGCGGUAAUCUGUUCCUGGUCAGCUCGCGCACACUGGUCACCGCCGAUGCAAACCACAUGUACAAUAAGACCGUUUACGGGAAAAUCGAUAAACAUUUGCUCAUCUCACCGACCUCGAUCGGCUGCGUGCUGACCGUGCCCGAUUCCGGUUACAUCCGCAAGCGCGAAACCAUCUAUUACGAUCCGACGCCGCUAACGAAAUGGAGUCGCCUACGGAUGGACGAACGGGGCCACUUUCAGCUGCUUUCCGAUGACGGUGCAGGCCAAUUAAAUCCACUUGCCGGUUGGUUGAUUAGUUUAAUUGUAUUUCUACAGCGCGCCGUUCUCUGGCGACACGACGGAGAUUCAAUCAAAUAGGAUAGUCCGUGAUGGGCGUAAACGUAGAAAGGGUUUUUAUUUCAUUUUAAGUGAUUUGUUAUUCAGUCGGUAGAAAACAAAGAAAAAACAAUGUGUAAGAAUAAAGGAAAUAGAAUCCAAAAAAACAA